GCCACCGCCCACGCCAGCGACUCCACGCCUAUGAUGAGAAGCCAUCUGAGCCACGCCCAUUCACAGGUAAGAAUACACCUGAAUACUGUAACUCCCUCGUCAGCGCCUUCUACAGCAGCACAGUCAAGGUGCGGCUGGGAGUGGAACUGUGGGAGGUGGGGGAGCCGCUGGCUGCUGGAGACGUUGACCACAGUGUUGUUGUUGAGGGGGGGGUAGGGGGCAGCUUGAACCCCCCGGGACCAUCCCAGGGGGGGGCAGGCGUCCCCGGCACCACCCGUAGCAACUCCUCUCGCAGCGACACGUCUUCUUCGGGGGCGUCAUCAUCGUGUUGCUCCUCGUCGGAUGCCCCUCAUCGUCCCUGCCUACACGCAGCUCUCUCAGACCCCGGGUACGAGUCGGCCCACCUUCCCGACGACGAACGAGAAGACCCAGACCACCACCACCAGCAGCAGCAGCAGGAGGGGGAGGAGCAGGAGGGGGAGGAGGAGGAGGAGGAGCUCUGUCAUACUGGAGGGGUCAUGUCCUUACGUGAGCGUUGUGAAGGGCGUGAUGGCUCUCCUCUACAUCAGGGCCUCACGCGAUCCAGAUCCUUCGGCGGCUUACUCACCCACCGCCGCACAGGAUCAGGGGCAGGAUCUCCCCAGCAGGCCGGAGCCAGAGCAGGAUGGGCAGGUCAGGGCGUGUUGGGCCAGACAGGAUCAUCACCCAGGGACGUGCGGCGGGUACUGGCCCUGCCGCCUCACGUGAAGGUCCCCAAGUCCCCACGACCCGAGCGGGCCUCCCAGAUCAGCACCAGCGUGGCCCGGGGACUGAGGGACUGUAUAGCGGUCACCAGGCAAGACCUAGAUUCCCUACACCAGGCACAGCAAGACUCUCACCUCCACCAGUCACAGGGUCGACUGUAUGAGGUUGAGAAGCAAAUAAAAGCUGCCGAGCGCUACCUCAAGAGGAUCGAAUACCAUCUGAGCAAACUGGAGGACCUGCAGGAUCAGUACACCCUCCACCAGAAGCUGAGAGAUGGGGUGAGGACAAUGGCCUACGCAUACGCUCUCUCGCCCGGCAAGGAAAAAGCGUCAGCCCUGAGCAACGUUAGAUCGGGCUACAGGGAGUGUACAGAGACUCUUUGUGCUUUAGAAGUACAAAUUGAGCAACUCAUCGGCACAUUAACUCUGGAAAUGAAAGGUAUACAAGGAUUUGCUCGACUGUGUCCUGGCGAUGUGUUCGAGGUGACUCUCAAACAUGGUACUCAGAAGUGGAAGUCACGAGGCAGAGUGUGUAAGGACAAUACUCAGAACUGGGACAACCAGAGAACCGUCAUAAAGGGACUCAUCGGGGAAAUGUUGCUGAUUAAAGCCGUGGAGGUGCGAGUGUUGGGCAAGACGGUGGUGAUCGGCAACAAGGUGUGCGAGACUAAGGACCUCUUCUCACCACAUCCUCAACUUAUGACAGUCAACCUCAAUCCUUCCGGUUCCCUCAAGCUCAAUAUUGUUAUAACCUGGAACCCUCUUGAUGGUGUCAUUGAGGAUAGUCUGGUGAGAACGCCCAGUAUGUCUGCCACUUCACCAGGCAACAAGAGGAGAACACCAGUGCUUCACACUCUUAGUUCAUCUCCUCCACACACUGUUGGUAGUGUUCCCUCUGGCAAGGACAGCAGCCUGUCCCCAGAGUGUGAUCAUGACAGCAGUUUUGGCAGCAUGUCCGCCCGUAGCUCAACAGCUGAUAGUGCAAGUCCUCUGUCUGAGUACCGCGGUCUACUCUCCUCUCACGCUGCUCUCUCCACCAGGACUGACAGCAACAGCCCCGUCUCUGACUAUCAGGGGCUGUCAAGGAGAUCUGACAGCCAGGAUUCCAUAUUAUUUGAUGGACGAGACUCAGCCAGCCCACAAUGUGACAACACGGGGAACUUUACAUUGGUGCGCAAGAAGGAGAGUCGGGUGGAGCAGUGGGCAAGAUACUCACAGUUCAGCAUCUCACAGGGCUCCAACCUUGAUAUUAUGUCAAGGUCUUACUCACACCUGUCAUCAUACUCAACGGGACUCUCGCCCGCCAUGUCUCAGUCUCUGUCCCAUCAGUUAGAUAUGCUGGGUACUGAGCCAGAGUCCUUCAGGUGGGGUGAUGGCCAGCACUGGGACGAAACCAACCCACCUCUUACUCUUAAAAAGGUUGUUAGUCGUCUGAGAACAUGUUUAGAAGAUAUCCAAGGCCAGUUCCCUCAGCUCCACACCCUAGAGGAAGCCGUCUUGGACCUUGAUGACAUGUGCAGGACCUGUUGCAGUAGGCGUGACAGCAAUGCCUCAGAGAUCAGCCUCUUGGUUGAGUCAGCACUAGAAUGCUUUGAUUUCCUGAGUGCAGAAUAUGAUGAUGAUUUUGAUGAUGAUAAUCCUGAACACUGCCGCAGUAGAAGAGACAGCAAUACCUCGGAAAUUAGUCUGUCUGUGGAGUCUGCCCUGGAAUGCUUUGAUUUUCUCAAUGCAGAAUGUGAUGAUGAUUUUGAUGAUGACAAUCCUGCAGCGUGUGAGGAGAAGAAAAGCAAGGAAGCUGCCGCUGUUCUCGCUGCCUCAACUGUGCCAGACAUCUCCCAGCCCUUAGUCACCAGCAACCCACAACUUGACCUCUUCCUCUACACCCACCUCAGACACUCUCUUCAACUCCUGCAGCACCUGGGGUCAUUUGGGCCGUUGAGAAGCAAAGAGCGACACUCCCUAAAGCUGCUGGAGGAGGAGGGUCGCCUGGUGGCCGGCAUCCUGGCCCACAGACACAACUUUGAUAGCCUGAAGCAUCAACACAUCAUCACGGUCCCUCAUGUACAGGUUCUGUGGGAUUCUGUAGCUGGUGGAGAUGACUGGUGUGUGCCGGGCCAGGCGGUAGUCAGCGGCCUCCUCCAAGUUGUGUCGACUCUGGUAGAUCCGGCUGUUCCGGGUUUAGCAAGGAGAGUUUUGGAAGAAAUUGUUCGCAUGAUGACGGAUAGUGAAGAUUACGAUGGGGCGAUGAUGGUGACAGUCGGACACUUCCUUCACCACUUACAUCGUCCUCUUCAACACACUGUUCCUACAUUAGCUCAGAGUCUCACCACGGCAGACCUCUUAUUAUCUGGCAGCCCGGCCAAAGUUGAAGCAGGACUUCAUCAGAUAAAGGAACCCACAGCUCUUCACAUAAAGGUCAUUGGACACUUGUUAGCAGGACCAUCGGAGCUGCGUCACGUUACUACCAGUUUUGUUAAUAGUUUGGCUCAUAACAACCAGCUGAUGCACAUGAUUGUAGAUCUGUGUCUACUUCUAUUAGAGUCUAAUCGUACAAGUGAUAGAGAGGCUGCGUGUGUGUUACUGGGGGUGCUGGCCCCCAUCGUUCCUGUUAAUACUGAACAUAAGACGGACAACCACAAACCAAUUCUCGGUAAAAGCUCAAACAAAUCGAAGAAACGUACCUCCCCGGCUCCCCGCGAAGGAACAACUGAAUGGCCGCGCCCUAUAGAAGUCCUCUCUUAUCUCCAACAAAAUGAUUCCAGCGGAGAGGUUCGGGAAGCCGCCAGGCGCUCGCUGUUAAGUCUGGGUGCCGAGGGCCAGACGGCACUGCAUCAGGUCCAGCUCUCAUCUCAUGGUUUUCAGGGAGUUGAUAUGAAAGAGAGAACAAAGUUGUAAAGGAUAAUGAAACGUUUAUUUGGAGGGAAGAAUUAAGGAUGGGAUGACAUGGAAAACUAUUGCUAAUGAAUAAAAAAAAAUGCUUUUAGCAAACAUUUCCUUCAUUGAUAUAAUUCAGGAUGAAUAUUAAGUUUCAUUAUACUAAAGCAAAGAUAUUAUAAGACUAAUGCAAGUAUUUGAUGUUCUGUGUAACUACUUUACUCAAUUCUUAUUUUUCAUAUUUUUAUUUACUUCUUCAUUGCAUAAUAGAGUACAGUAUCUUCAUUGUCCUGUAUUUUACUGAUUAUUCCCGAUGUAAUGAAAGAAUGGUAUAAAAUAUUUUGUUUGUGUAACAGUUCACGGAUAAAGUGUAGCCAUAGCAGCAGCUACACGCCCACACCUCCAUCAUCCAGGCUUAUGCAGGGGAGAGUCAUUAUAUUACUACAUAUUCUCGGUGAUCCUCGGACAGCUAACCGGCACGACGAACAUAUGUUAAACUGAGAAUAUUAGUCAUAAUACAGAUCAGUCUAGACCACAAUACUUAACUCCUAAUUCUUAUGAUAAACCCAGGGUAUAUAUAAUAAACUGAAUAAUGGAAUAAAUCACAUUUCUGGGUACAGUACAGUACUGUACUGUACUGUACUGUGGGCCUGAGUGAUGGGGUGGUGGGUGUACUUGUGCUACGUGUGCUCUCUAGCAUAUACAUGUGCUCAAUUUCUUCGUCCCAGUGAGCUAUGCACCUCGUCCCAGUACCACAUAACCCUUCUUGGUGUUAUCAAGGUGUAUUAAGGGUCACCAUAUACCCCAGGCCAUUUUGUACAGUGCAUGUAUAAAUCUGGUAAUAUCAUUUAUCAAGUUUUUAUAUGUGAAUUAUAAUUUCCAACAGACUUGUCUAGUCCUAUAAUGUAUAAGUACAUUUUUAUCUGAUUUUAAAUAUUUUAAUAAUCUUGCUUAUAUACAAGUUUUCAAUCGACUGAAAUAUUAUAUAAUAACGUUGCUACUGAAGCUUGUGAUACGUUAAAAGAGAGACAUUAGAAUAAAUAUCAGAUUCAAAGUAAAUUUUCUACCUUUCAUGAGUAUUACAGGUCUUGCUUUUAACUGAUCUAUGUUUGAUUGUGCUUACUACGGUGUCCAUAGUUAUAUACGUUACAAAGUUAGCAACCUUGUUGUCCUUGUACAUAAUGUAUGUUGAAAACUGUAUUUGUUCACUUGUAAAUUACUCUCCUUGAAUAUGUGUGGAUAUAUUGUACACAGUCACUUUAUCUCUUAAAAUAAAAGAAACCAAGAAA